AUGUCGGCACACGAGAAGAAAGAGACGGCUUUCAACAUCCAAUCCUCAAAUCGCGGCCGUCCUACUGGCCCAGCAAACGGCCGGACCCUUCCUAGACGGCCGCACCAACUCGGCAACGAUGAUGACUCCGACGAAGAUGAAGCCCCGCCGGCUCACGAGGAAGUCUCGGGAUUCGACACUCAUACCGGUGGCGCUAUCACCGCGGAGGGAAAAGCAGUUGAAGAUACCGAAAAACCAUUGAUCAUUCCUGUUACAAGCAAAAACAACUGGCGCGACCGGGCAGGGGUAAACACGAAAAAGGGAAAGAAAAAUCUCCUCCCCCGCGAGGUGCAAGCUAUGCAAGAGGCCGAGAAGAAUGGCCAAGCGCCCGGAGGGCCUACAGUGGAGACAGACGCGCCGAGUAUGGCAUUUGGGCUGAGCUUUGCGAAGGAAGGAGCAGCAGCAGAGACGCAGAAUGGCGAAGCCGCGAAUGAAGAUCAACCCAUGCCCGAUGCCACACCAGUCGAGACCAAACCUCUUACCGAUGAUCAGAUCGCCAUGCAGGCACUUAUCAGCGAGAGUAAGGGUGAGGUUGAGCGAAGAUCGGAUCUCGUCAUCGAGGCUGCCGCCAAAGACGAGGAUGAUGACCAGGAAGCUUCAGCUCACUACUCCGAAACUGGUUCCUUCCGCGCAGAUAUCGCAACGCGCCCUGAGUCAGCCACCCUGGACGCCUACAACGCCAUCCCUGUUGAAGAUUUUGGUGCCGCACUACUACGCGGAAUGGGUUGGAAGGAUGGGCAGUCUAUCGGGCGCGGCAACUAUGGCGGUGCUGCAGCGGCCGAGAAGGCCAACAAGCCUCGCGUUCCAGAACGACGACCUGGAUUCCUCGGCAUUGGCGCAAAAGAUUCAUCUGGUGGCAAAGGUGCCGAGACUGAGCUUGGAGCUUGGGGAAAAUCGGCUAUGCGCAAGGCAUCACGGAAACAGGGUGAGGAAAACGACAAGGCUGAGGGUGUUUACAUGCCCGUCACAAUGCGCAACAAAAAGACUGGCGAGCACCUCACCGAAGAGGAACUCGCUACCUUACAAAAAGAGGCCAAGUCAAAGCCCGCCCAAGAGGAUGACUGGCGCGAGCGAAGAGAUCGCAACCUUGAAAAGAGCGGCCGAGACAAAGACCGAGAGUACCGCAAACGCGACUAUGACGAGGAUCGCUCUCGCCGACACACUAGCUCUUCGCGUCGUGACCGCAGUCGAUCUGCCGGCCGCCAUUCCUCAAGUCGGUCUUCUCGGUAUGAUGACGAUAGGAGCAGAAGAGAUGAUCGACCCUAUCGGGACCGAGACGACCGGGAUCGUCGCCGAGACCGUGACGACGACAGGGACAGGAGAAGAGAUGGGGAUCGAGAGCGUGAUCGCAGUCACCGAUCGCGGGAUGAAAGGUACAGCAGUUCCAGGCACUCGUCCCACUCAUCUCGGAAUGACCGCGACCGAGACCGCGACCGCGACUCUCGCCGCAGCCGACGAGAUGAUUAG